UGUGCUCCACCAGCAAAGCUCGGAAUACUGGGUCAAAAAGUGGACAGCACAGGUGUUACAGUUUAGAUACGACCAACGCACGAAUUUCCCGUGAGAUGAUAGCUUAGGAGUGAACCAUUGCCAUCUGCAGCAGCGGUGUGUUAAGAGUGGGCUUGGAUAGGCAGCUUCGGAGGCUCUGAAGAGGAACGAAAAAAACAAAAAUGGCUCCCAACAUUCGCCUGUGGAAGAGGGAAGCCGAGGCGGAUCCGGACGCGGAAAAGCUUGCGGAAGCGGCCACCACGCUAGCUACGAAAAUAUUCGGCCACAAGCAAAAGCACCACACCACCACGACGGAAUCGGAGCUUGAAAUGGAAGAAAAUGACGACUUCAGCACAGCAUCACCCACCAAGGGGGAAGCCGAAAAGCUGGGCGACAAGGCAGCCGAGGUGACGGAGGCGCUGGCGCACGAGAUGGGAAUUCCGACCUGGGGCCUGGUGUCCAUCAUCAUCGCCGUACUGCUGAUCAUCCUGGGCAUCUGCGGUUUCUGCAUCCGGCGCUGCUUCCGCAAACGACGGUCCAAAGACGGCAAGAAGGGGAUGAAAGGAGUUGAUUUGAAAUCGGUACAAUUAUUAGGUUCAGCAUACAAAGAAAAGGUACAACCCGACAUGGAAGAGCUCACCGAGAAUGCGGAGGAAGGUGACGAGGGCGAGAGCAAGCAGAGUGAGCAAAAGUUGGGUAAACUGCAGUACAAGCUGGAAUACGACUUCAACGCCAACGCCCUCACGGUGACCGUCAUCCAGGCGGAGGAACUGCCGGCCUUGGACAUGGGCGGUACGUCCGAUCCGUACGUCAAGGUGUACCUACUGCCGGACAAGAAGAAAAAGUUCGAGACGAAGGUUCACCGGAAAACAUUGAACCCAGUGUUUAACGAGUCGUUCACCUUCAAGAGCCUUCCUUACGCCGAAGCCAUGAACAAAACGUUAGUGUUCGCCAUUUUCGACUUCGAUCGCUUCUCCAAGCAUGACCAAAUCGGCGAGGUAAAAGUGCCGCUCUGCCAGAUCGACUUGGCGCAAACGAUCGAGGAGUGGAGAGAGCUACAGAGCGUUGAGGGUGAAGGUGGGCAGGAUAACAAGUUGGGAGAUAUUUGUUUCUCGUUACGUUACGUACCCACAGCAGGUAAAUUAACUGUCGUUAUCUUGGAAGCGAAAAAUCUCAAAAAGAUGGAUGUUGGAGGCUUAUCAGAUCCGUACGUCAAGAUAGCCCUGAUGCAGAAUGGAAAGCGUUUGAAAAAGAAAAAGACUAGUAUCAAAAAAUGUACACUAAACCCCUACUACAAUGAGUCGUUCUCAUUUGAAGUUCCUUUCGAACAAAUACAAAAAGUCAACCUGGUCGUCACCGUCGUAGAUUACGAUCGUAUCGGAACGUCUGAACCCAUCGGAAAGGUGGUGCUGGGCUACAACGCAAGCGGAACCGAGCUCCGCCACUGGUCGGACAUGCUGGCCUCGCCUAGGCGCCCGAUUGCGCAAUGGCACACGCUGAAGGAUCCGGACGAUGACAAGAAGGAUUAAGCAGCUAACGGGCCCUCAAGUGGACAGCGGCUUUAAAGGGAGGAAGGCGGUGGCGGUGGCGGCGACGGCGGCGGCAGAGACGACGACCGUCCCGGGAUCAAGUCUAACUGCGCAUGCAACCAUGUUACCAGUUUGCACUGUAAAAUAACCUCUUAUCAAUGUUUAUUGUCCGUACACGGCCCUAUUCAGCACAAUCUGUAGCCUUCAUUUGCGUUCCGCCCAAGGAAAAACACAAACACGUUCCUUAGCAUUCAUAGUUUAACCUACCACGUGGCCAGUAAGCGAACUGGCCACGUGUGUUUUGGAACAGCCGCGUGCUCUCGAUCGGUGGAUCAUUUUAAACGUGUGCUUGUGCUGACCCCAUAGUACACACCACCCAUCCAUAUUGCAGUCCUUCUGUUGCCUGCCUGUCCCAGUACGUAGUGCAACCAGAGAGAGAAUCCAGAGAGAUGGCGUGAAAUUCUGUUCAGCAGCCAGGGCAUGGUUCCUGCUUUUAAUUUGUUAGAGUUACGCGGUGCGACGGAAUCGACGAACGAUCCGUCACGGAUCGCACUCUUUUAAAUUAACCAUUGUUCGAUACACGUUCAACUCACACGUUAGAUAGAGGGCAGACUGCAGAAAUGUAAUCGUUGCCAUAUUAUGAAUAUGGAGUCAAAUGGUGUGGCGGCUCGGAGCGUCCCUCGGGAAGUCACAUACUUUUUAAUUACUGUUGAUUCACACACGCUGUGUGUUUUGUCUCGUUAUGUACCACCGGUCCACCGGUCGAAGGACCGUUUAACCGCUGCACGCCAUUAUUCGAUUUAGCCUUUUCCGACCAAACGCCGGUAGAAGCAAAUGCGCGGUGGUAAAUAAGAGAGCAUAUUAAACCAAUCUAAUUGGACCGUUUUUAGCGCGUGCAAAACCCCCGGCACCCGAAGCGGUCCCAGGAGGUGGUACACGGUUUUACGCUGCUUUUACUUUAACCAGUUCCGGUUCUGUUCCACUGCGGGCGGACACAUGCGCGUACACACAAUAUUGCAUUUAUUAAACGAAACUAUCUGUGUGAACUAAUGUUGAAGAUCGUUACGGUCCUGGGGCCAUGGCCGCCAAUCCUUCUCCAGAUUCCCGCAUUCCCUCGCGAAAACGAGAAACGUUUUUUCAUCGCGCUUCGCGCAUGGAGAUGAAGUAAAAAGACGAAAACGAAAUAGAUUAAUGUCAAAGUCAAGUAGAAACAAACGAGAAAGAAAGAAAGCGAGAGCGAGAGCGAGAGAGAGAGAGAGAGAGAGAGAGAGAGAGCGAGAGAUCGAAAACAAAAAAACAAAUACCGUCUGUAUUUCUUGUUGAAUAAUAUGAAAACAAAACCAAACAAAAAAGCUAUUGAACUAUUUAUUGUUAAAUAAAUAUUCUAACUAAAUACAUACCUAGGCAUAUAUAACCAUAAAAACAAGUUUAAAAGUAUCUGGGCCACUCUCUCUCUCUAUAUAUAGAUCUAUAUAUAUAUAAAUAUAUAUUGCUAGCGGGGCAGUAUUUGUAAACGAAUAAUAUCAGUUCGGAAUUCAGAUAUCAUUGUACGCGCAUACAGUAACGCAUAAAUAACUAUAGCUCAUAAAACGUAGCUCGGUACCCGUUACGACGUUUUUGCUUUUCCUUGCCGUACACUAGGUUGUUCUCAACUUCUCGGUUCCGCGGUGCUUCGCGCAUUGUGCAAACAAUCGACAACACCUUUUGUUUCGGACAGACAGCGUCCGAGCUACCGAAGGAACCACCCCCAAGGCAAGUCUAGUAGGCCAAUCAAGGUUUUAACGUCACUUCUUGGUACGUCACUGUAGACUAGAAGACUCGUAAAGCCCCGUCAAGAGAGUUAGAGUACGACAGUUGAAACAUUGCAUUGGGUGUUCAGCGCGCAGUAGGCGCGCGUGUCACAGUCUCGUGUCCGAUGCAGUACACAACGCAGGAAUCGUUACGUUUUGUGUUUUUUGAGUGAGCGAUUCGAUGGCGGCGAAGCGAUUAAGCAGCAUUAACGAAGCAAACAAAAAUAACUAAAUCUUUAAAGUGAUCCAAUUUCCUCCUAUCAGUCUCUAUACCCACUAUACCCCCUCUAGAGCCCAUAUGUGCUACUGACGACGAAACAAACGGAUAGACGGAUGAUACUGUGGAGGAGGGGCACUAGGAAAGCUUUUAUCAACACUACUGAUAAUAACUCUCUCUCUCCAAUGGAUGAUCACCACCCGAUCUACAGCCCUUCCCCCACGGGGUAGGGUUUUGGGAAAGGGUGGCAGCAGUUUGAAGCAAAUCUUUAAAAGUAUAACAAUAAUUAGUAAACCAUAAGACAUAACCUUUAUCUAUCACACAGAACGCAUUGCGCAGAGUGCAUGUAUAUUAAGAUAUUGUACAUCAAACCCGCUAAUAAAGUAUUAAAA